ACUAUCUCAAGUCAGACGUUUGCAAAUCAGAAAUGUCUUCUUCAAUUCACAAGUUUUUCGUGAUUUCUGGCCUGUUAGCACUACUGCACGCCGCUUAUUCCGCUGCUCAACAUAGGACAUAUGUACGACUCACAGAGCAAGAAUUCACAGUCCUUCCAGCUGAUAUUUUACUACAGUGCCUAGCAGGUCUCAUUCUUACCAUAUAUGGAGUUGUAAAUGUAGCGGGAUCAUUCCGAGACAUAAGAGCUGCCGGGGAUACAGAAAACAAAACUUGGGAGACGUCACAAAAUAGGCCAUCAUUCUAUAUAUUUAACCAUAGAGGGCGACACCUGUUUGGUGGGGACUAUGAUGAUAGUGAAUGUGACACACAGGAUUAUAUUGAGGAUCAAUGAUAGUACCUUGAAAGAACCACAAACGCUGCAUAAGAAGUGAAUGGAUUUAGAUAUAAAUUGAAAAUAAUAUGGCAACAGAAGAAUUAAAUUGAUGCCAAUCUUGAUGAAGUGAUCCUCAAAAUUCAUUAGAAAUCGACAUAAUUGUAAUAAAACAAGAAACAAUUUUAACAGAUGUAAAAUAAUGGAAUUACCAAGUGAAAGAAGGACAAAUAUAACCUCACUUCUAGUGCAUGGAAUAAGCAUCAGUUCUAUCCUGGAUGAAUCUACUGACUCCAUAUAAAUUGCAAAGCUAAGUAACAAUGCAUGAUUUUAGCAGCAGUCUUUUCCUGGAUGA